AUGGCUAUUCAAUGCGAUGUCGCAAACCAUGAGAAUGUCAGGGCGAUGUUUGAAAAGGCGACCAAAGCUUUCGGCACAAUCGAUGUUGUUAUCCACUCUGCCGGAGUGCUAGGCCCGGUGUCAAAUAUUGGCGAUGCUCCGGUUGAAGAGUGGUGGAGUGCAUUUGAAAUAAAUGCCAAAGGUGCAUUCGUGGUUGCCCGCGAGCUCGUCAGGCAUAACCAAAGCGCGACCUUCGUCAACACGGGCACAGCGGCCUCAUUCUUCGCGAAUCCAGGACAAUCUGCAUACACAAUGUCCAAGUUGGCAACCAAUAUGUUACUCGAACAGCUCAACGCAGAAUACCCUAAAUUGCGAGUCUUCAAUGUCCACCCAGGAAUGGCGAAAAGUAGCGUUCUACGAAAGGAGCUAGAAAUAUACGCCAGAGACACCCCCGAGUUGUUCGGAUCGACAACAGUCUGGCUGGCCGACCAGGAGGCUGAUUUCUUACGCGGUCGCUUUAUGGUAGUGAAUUGGGAUGUUGACGAGCUCAUAAAGCAUCAGCAAGAGAUUUGGGAUGAAGGACUUCUGAAAAGUCAGCCCUUCAAAGGAAACAUUGGAGAAGGGGGGCACUUUCGAUUGUGA